CAUCAGAAAGCAUGUUCCAAUUCCAGAAACCCCUCUCCUCCCAUUUCUCCAAAAACCCUUCCAACUCACAAAACCAAAAAGCUCAAAACCCUGAAAUCUCUGAAACGAGGGCUUCCAUGGAGGUGGAGUAGCAAGGAGCAUGCAGAGAAGCAUCAACAAGAAGAUAGGCUCUUGCCUUCUUCGAUUCACGCCUAGCCCAUCUCCAGCUCUCCUCACGCGCCACCACUACUCCCAUUUCCCCCUCUCUCGCCUCCUCACUCUCUCCCAAUUCCUACAUUCCUCUCCAUCCUUCAACCACAACCUUCAACAACCCAGCUCUUACUGUAAAUUCCCAGAAAAUGGAGCCCUUUUUUUCGCUCCAAGGCCCAUAUUGCGGAAUUUUCUGUGCAGUUGUGGGACCUCUUUAGAUUCUAAUCGCCAUUAUAUCAAUCGUAAUUUUUUUACUAGAGCCAAGGAAGUUAAGAACAUUGAAAUCAAUGAUCAGCACAGCCAACGAGCAGUCAGAACUGCAUUAUGGUGUAACUUCCUCGUCUUUUCUCUCAAGUUUGGGGUCUGGUUAACAACCUCUAGCCAUGUUAUGUUGGCUGAAGUUGUGCACUCAGCCGCAGAUUUUGCAAAUCAGGCUCUUCUUGCAUAUGGUCUGAGUAGCUCAAGGCGUGCUCCAGAUGCUAUCCACCCUUAUGGCUAUUCGAAGGAAAGAUUCGUUUGGUCUCUGAUUUCUGCCGUUGGUAUAUUUUGUCUUGGUUCUGGUGCUACAAUUGUUCAUGGAGUACAAAAUUUGUGGACUUCACAUCCUCCUGCAAAUAUUCAGUAUGCGGCUUUGGUUAUUGGUGGUUCAUUCCUCAUUGAAGGUGCUUCUCUUGUAGUAGCCAUACAUGCUGUCAAGAAAGGGGCAGCUGCAGAGGGAAUGAAGGUGAGAGAUUAUGUUUGGCGUGGUCAUGAUCCUACAUCUGUUGCAGUCAUGACAGAGGAUGGUGCUGCAGUUACUGGUCUUAUUAUUGCAGGAGCAUCACUAGUUGCUGUAAAUACGACUGGAAAUCCAAUUUAUGACCCAAUAGGUUCAAUUGUGGUUGGUAAUUUACUUGGAAUGGUAGCUAUAUUUCUCAUCCAGAGGAAUCGGCAUGCAUUGAUUGGUAGAGCAAUUGAUGCUCAUGAUAUGGAAAAGGUUCUUAAUUUGUUGAAAAAUGAUCCGGUAGUUGAUGCUCUAUAUGAUUGUAAAAGUGAGGUGAUUGGACCUGGGUUCUUUAGGUUUAAGGCAGAAAUAGAUUUCAAUGGCGUGGUGGUGGUGCAAAAUUAUCUGAAAAGGACAGGACGUGAAACAUGGGCCAGACAGUUUCGGGAAGCUGCAAAGGAGGAGGACGAUUCUGCACUGCUGCGGAUGAUGUCAAACUAUGGUGAGGAAGUGGUUACAGCUCUGGGUAGUGAAGUUGACAGGCUAGAAAAGGAGAUCCAGGAGCUUGUUCCUGGCAUUCGGCAUGUAGAUAUUGAGGCCCACAAUCCGACAGGACCAUCUCCAUGAUCCACAGUUUUUUGACGCGUAAGCACUAUUGUUUAUGCCCAUUCUUUUCUUUAUAUAGUUGAUGAAUUACUAAACAUUUUAACAGACCGGGUGCUUCUCUGUGUUGCCAGUAGCCCAACUAUGAUCUUAUAUCUGAAAAAUGUUUGUUGUGAUUGUAUCAGGAAAUGUUAAUAAUGAGAUCUCAAAAUCCUUCAAUCAAUAUAUGCUUUCCUGAGUUUGAUAUA